UUAUUAUCAGCCUUAUCGAGGGAAUCUCUUCCUCCAGGGCACGGCUGUCUCUCCCCUUGCAAACCGUGCGGAUGGCGUAAGAAGUUCUUCCUCGUCCGGGGCCCUUCCGCUGCGGGGACAAACGGAUGAGUCCGGGCGGGUGACCCAGUUUGAGCUCAUUCGGGUCUCUCGGCGGACUUCCCAGCGGCUGGCUUUGGGCUCUCCUCCUCUCGGAAGCGAUGGCACAGCCAAGAGGCCUUUAUGCAGAGAGAGUGUCGCACACGGGCCAGUGUACCGUGGUGGCCACUAAAGCCUUGAGUGAAGAUGAAAAGGUGCUUCGAAGGUGUCGGGCUGCGGUGCCUUUUCAAGGACGGGAACACGGCGGCCACGCAGCCCCCCAAAUACCUCCUCAUCUUUGACUUUGACGAGACGAUCAUCAAUGAGAACAGCGACGACUCCAUCCUCCGGGCCCUUCCCGGGAAGCAGCUUCCAGAGUCGAUCCGCCAAACCUACCGCGAGGGUUUCUAUAAUGAGUACAUGCAGAGGGUGUUGAGGUACAUGGGCGACCAAGGGGUGAAGAUGGCGGACUUCAAAGCCGUCUAUGAGAACAUCCCGCUCUCUCCUGGCAUGCGCGACCUCUUCCAGUUCCUUUCCCAGCAGCAGGACCGCUUUGAGAUCAUCCUCAUGUCCGACGCCAACAUGUUCGGGAUCGAAUGUGCCUUGAAGGCCGCCGGCGCCUACCCCCUCUUCCGCAAAAUCUUCAGUAACCCGUCCAGCUUUGACAAAAGGGGCUACUUCACCCUAGGCCCUUACCACUCGCACAACUGCCCGAGAUGUCCGGCUAACAUGUGCAAGCGCAAGAUCCUGACGGAAUACCUGGCCGAGAGGGCUCACAAAGGAGUCAGGUUUGAGAAGAUCUUCUACGUUGGCGACGGAGCCAAUGACUUCUGCCCGUCUGUGGCUAUGAAAUCCACAGAUGUGGCGUUCCCGAGAAAAGGCUACCCGAUGCACCGGCUGAUCCUCGAGAUGGAGAAGAGCCAACCUGGGAAAUACCAGGCUGCAGUAGUUCCUUGGGAUUCGGGUCUCGAACUCUGGAGCUGUCUCCAAGAAGCCCUCAAGAAGGACUAUUGAGGAGAGAGAGGACCUGGUGGUGGAAGAAGCAGCCCCACGUCACCCUCCAAGCAGCAUACCUCUCUUGUGCUUUUUGGGUCAAUGCUGGGUUUCCUUCCUCUCGGUCCCUCGAAGCCUCUAUCUCUGGAUCUUCCCUUCCUUUGGUCUUGGGAUGAGGGUUCUCUAUGCAGUUAGGAAAUCCAUUCAAAGAAGGGUGGAUGGAUGACUGGCCAUUCAGCUCUGUAUUCGUCUUUUGAAAACCUUUUUGUUGCUUCCAAGUUCCCUAAACUCAUUCUCUCUCAAGCACACUCUCAGAAGCAUUUGGGGGAGAUCUGGGGAAGGUUUCUGUUGCCACCCAAGCACUUAAGCCAGGCAGGGGUUAAAACUAGUAGCUUUCCCUAUCCCUCCCUCCCGCUCCCUUGCAUUUGCAGGUCUUGCUCCUUCCAAUGGGAGAACAAAAUCUUUUACUACUGCUCUGAAAAAGGAGAAGGGCUCAAACCUCUGGAGAAGAAAACAUGGCCGCUUUAGCACAGCCGCUUGGGGCCGGGCCCAGUCACCUGUUCGGUCUGAACACUAAUUCUUCCCCUGUCCCAGGGCUCAGCUUGUGGAGAAGAUGAACUGCCCAGACCCAGCUGGUUAGAAGAGAGAGCACUUCUGCUGGAGGCGUGGGUGGGUGGGAACUGCUCCCUUCCCAGCACAAUCGUGUGGGGUGUGUUGA